UUGGUCUCUUUCUCUCUCUUCACUCUUCUGAAUAUUUACACCGCUUGAAGAUUUUUUUCAGUGUCCUCAAAAACAAACGCCUUUUUUUGUUUCAUCUGUGUUUCGUCCAUGGAAGAAGUUGGUUUCUAACGAGAUUAGAGCGACUAAUAAUAAUAAUCCGGGAGUUCUUUGGUCGGCAAGGACCAUGCCGACUCUGCAGAGCUCCGCUUUCCUGCUGCUGUUGAGCUUCCUGAUUGGUCUGAGCUACUCCCUGAACCCAAAAGACCCCAAUGUGUGCAGCCUGUGGGAGAGCUUCACCACCUCAGUGAAAGAGUCCUACUCGCAUCCUUACGACCACGUGACGGAGGAGCCCUGCUCUGACCCGCGGACCUCCUACAGAUGCAUGCGCCACAGGAUCACCUACAAGACGGCCUACAGGCAGGCGGUGAAGACGGACUACCGCAAGAGAUACCAGUGCUGUCCAGGCUAUUACGAGAGCAGAGACAAAUGUGUCCCUCGCUGCACCAAGGAGUGUGUCCACGGUCGAUGUGUCGCUCCAGACCGUUGCCAGUGUGAGGGAGGCUGGCGAGGCGACGACUGUUCCAGCGCCUGCGAUGACAAACAGUGGGGAUCAGGAUGCAGUCAGCCGUGCAAGUGUGAGAACGGAGCUCUCUGCGAUCCCGUCAAGGGGACUUGUCAGUGUCUUCCGGGGUUCAUAGGACGCUACUGCGAGGAGUCCUGUCCAGCAGGCACCUUCGGGAAGGGCUGUCUGCAGAGGUGCAAGUGUGGGACCGGAGGAUCCUGCAAUAAAACAACCGGAGAGUGUGUAUGUCGGGAAGGAUUCACUGGAACUUUCUGUGAGAAGGCGUGUCACAGAAAAUGCCAGGCACGAUGUUCCUGCCAGAAUGGAGGUAUCUGUAAAGGCAAAGGGAUCUGCGAUUGCCCACCUGGAUGGACGGGUGCGGUUUGCACGGAGCGAUGUUCAGAGGGAAGGUUUGGACAAAACUGUGCUGACGAGUGUGUCUGCCACAACAGGGGCAAAUGUGACCCCGAAACUGGACAGUGCCAGUGUGCUAAAGGUUUCACUGGUAACAGGUGUAAUGAGGAGUGUGCUGCAGGCACUUAUGGUCAGGACUGUAAAGGUGCGUGUGACUGUGCUAACGGCGCACGCUGCUACAACAUCGAUGGAGGCUGCCUAUGCGAGCCGGGCUUCAGCGGUCCCCACUGCAGGGACAGGAUGUGUGCACCCGGCAAAUACGGCAUGCACUGUGAACGCAAGUGUCUCUGCCAGGACAAACAGACACUCAGCUGCCACCCAAUGAAAGGAGAAUGCACAUGCCAGCCAGGGUGGGCAGGACUGUUCUGUAACGAGACCUGCGCUCACGGCUUCUACGGUCACGGCUGCCUGGAGCCGUGUCUGUGUGUCAAUGGAGGGGUGUGCGACAGUGCCACCGGACGAUGCCAAUGUGCCCCCGGGUAUACGGGUGUUCAUUGUGAGAGUCUAUGUAAAAGUGGCACCUAUGGCAAGAACUGCUCCCUGGAGUGCUCCUGUGAAAACUUUAUCGACUGCUCGCCAAUUGACGGGACGUGCUUCUGCAAAGAGGGCUGGCGUGGGCCGGACUGUUCCGCCCCCUGCUCUGAGGGAACCUGGGGCCCAGGAUGCAACGCCACCUGCCACUGCGCCAACGGGGCAAAAUGUAACCCUGCAGAUGGAUCCUGCACCUGCAGAGCCGGCUGGCAGGGGGCGCGCUGUGACCAACCGUGCCCGAUGGGCACGUUUGGGCCAGGCUGCCUGAAGAGGUGUGAUUGUGUUCAAGCCGACGGCUGCCAAGCUACCACCGGGGAGUGCCACUGUCUGCCAGGCUGGUGGGGUUCCCGCUGUAGCGAGCCGUGUUCGGAGGGCCUGUGGGGGCGCCACUGUAACCAGACCUGUUUCAAGCAUUGCCCAAACAGUGACACGUGUGUGAGGGAAACUGGAGCGUGUGUGUGUCGCCCAGGCUACUGGGGAGUCACCUGUCAGAACAAAUGCAGAGCUGGUAUGUACGGUGAGCAGUGCAGUAUGUCAUGCCCAUCCUGCGGCCAGUCGUACCGCUGCCACCAUGUGACAGGAGAGUGUGAUUGCCUGCCUGGACACACUGGACCCAACUGUGAUCAAGUUUGUCCAGCUGGCUACUACGGCAAACAGUGCUCUGACGUGUGUGUUAACUGUGCCAACAACUCCACAUGCGACCACCGGGACGGUCACUGUGAAUGUUUGCCUGGCUGGACCGCUACCGACUGCUCCAUACCCUGUAGUCCAGGUCGUUUUGGUCCGUUCUGCACUCAGACCUGCUCCUGUCCGACCAACCUCGUCUGUGACCGAUACACUGGAGACUGUGUGUGUGAAAGCGAAGGAGAGGACUGUAAACAAGACUCGUCUGAGACUCAGUCAGGGAGCGUCAUGGUGCCCCUUCCUCCCGGUGAGAGGGAGUCGUGGGGAGCCAUCGGCGGCAUCGUCGUGCUCGUCAUCCUGGUGGUCUUGCUGCUAGCCCUGCUGCUGCUCUACCGCCGCAGGCAGAAGGACAAACAGAACAACACGCCGACUGUGUCCUUCUCCACCAGCCGCACGGUCAACUCUGAAUACGCCGUACCAGAUGUUCCUCACAGUUACCACCACUACUACUCCAACCCCAGCUACCACACACUGAGCCAGAACAGGCCUCCGCUGCCACACCUCCCCAACAACCACGACCGCACCAUCAAGAACACCAAUAACCAGCUGUUCUGCAGCGUGAAAAACAUGGAGAGGGAGCGGCGCGGCCUGUUUGGGGUUGAGAGCAACGCCACUCUACCUGCAGACUGGAAACACCACGAGCCUCGCAAAGACUCAGGAGCUUUUGGAAUCGAUCGCAGCUACAGCUACAGUGCCAGCCUCGGAAAAUAUUACAACAAAGAGCUGAAGGACGCGGUGGCGGUGAGCAGCAGCUCUCUGAACAGCGAGAAUCCGUACGCUACCAUCAAAGACCUGCCGGGUCUGCCCUUCUGCCCCCCGGAGAGCAGCUACAUGGAGAUGAAGUCAGCCGUGCCCAGAGAGCGAGCGUACACCGAGAUCAGCCCGCCGCCGUUCAACACGGCCACCUUACGCAGAGAGCGUCAGAGUUCCCUCGGUCACGCUCCACACGAGGACCCCCAGAGCCACUACGACCUCCCCGUGAACAGCCACAUCCCGGGACACUACGACCUGCCGCCUGUCCGCCGCCCCCCCUCCCCCAGGAGAACAACUCAGUGACAGUCCUCCCCCACCACCACCAACACCACCACCACCACCACCACCACCACCCUCCUCACUCUGGGGAUGAUUUCAGGCCUGUGCUCAUAAAGAAAGAGUAAACUUUGAUGCUCUUCUCUGACAAUCAGAGAUGCAGACCACCCACAGCCCAGCAGCGCCUAGGUGUCUGUCCCACUGAGGAUCUUUUGUUUACUGUGGAUGCCCCCCCCCCCACUGUCGACUCAACACUGCCCCUCUGUGGGCUAAAGUGGUACUCGCUUCACCGUGACAGACCUGUCAUCCAGACUGGGGAGCCAGAGGGCUGCGGGGAGGAAGGCUGGACUGUGGCGACGCCAGUGGGGCUUCAGCUGCAUUCACCUCCCACGGGAAAAACAGGCCAGAAGACUUCACGGUUAAAAGCAGCGACUUGGGAAUGUUUUUAACUCAUUUAAACAUGCUGGAAUUGAAGUUUCCCACACAUUCUGCUGGUGUGCAUGUUCAAAAGGCCCCUUUUAACGGAAUUUCUUCUAAUUUUAUCAUCAAAAAUUAUGCAUGAUCUUAUUGUUUGGUUAAAUUUGUUUAUAUUACAUUUACAAAAAUCAAAACUUUUUUUUAACAGGCAGCUUAAACUCAUCACAGCUGGA